AUGUCGAAAGGUGCCAUCCCCGCAUACGUCCUGGGCGUUGGCCUGACCCAGUUCCUGAAGCCUCGCCGUACACGCGAGUACCCGGAGUUGGGCUUCGAGGCAGGAGCAAAGGCAAUGAUCGACGCAAAGAUCACUUUUGACGACGUCGAGACAGGUGUUGCUUGCUACUGCUAUGGUGACACAACAGCUGGCCAGCGUAUCUUCUAUCAGUUUGGCAUGAAUGGCAUCCCAAUCUAUAACACAAACAAUGCUUGUGCCACAGGAUCGACUGGCCUGAACCUGGCCCGCACAUUCGUCCGCAACGGCGCAGCUGACUGCGUUCUUGUCAUUGGCUUCGAGCAGAUGAGGCCUGGCUCGAUCAAGUCGGUCUGGGACGACCGCCCAUCACCUAUGGGUCUCUCGACGACAAUGAUGGAGGACAUCAACGGCAAGCACGAUUCUCCGCGCAACGCACAGUACUUCGGCAAUGCUGGUCAGGAGUAUAUGGACAAGUAUGGCGCUAAAGCAGAAGACUUCGCUGAGAUAGCCCGCAUAUCGCAUGAGCAUUCUCAGCGGAACCCGUACGCUCAAUUCCAGAACAAGUAUACCCUCCAAGAAAUCCUCGACUCACCUAUGAUCCAUCCUCCUCUCACCAAACUUCAAUGCUCGCCCACAUCGGAUGGUGCUGGCGCCGCCGUCAUUGUCUCACAAGCCUUCCUCGAUGCUCGUCCUCACCUCAAGUCCCAAGCAAUCCUCAUGGCCGGGCAAGCCCUCAUGACCGACUCUCCACAGCUCUUCAGCCGCAGCGCCAUGGACCUCGUCGGCUUCGACAUGACCCGUCGUGCCGCCCGUGCCGCGCUCAAGGAGGCCGGCGUCACUGCCAAGCAAGUCCGUGUUGCCGAGGUCCAUGACUGCUUUAGCACCAACGAGCUCCUGCUCUUGGACGGCCUAGAGUUCUGCGACACAGGAAAGGCACACGAGAUGGUUCGUGCCGGCGACAUCACGUAUGGCGGGAAGGGACCGAUCAUCAACCCUUCCGGAGGACUUAUCUCCAAAGGCCACCCUCUCGGCGCCACUGGCCUUGCGCAGUGUGCUGAGCUUGUCUGGCAGCUCCGUGGCUGGGCCAACAACGGUCGCCUCGUGAAGGAUACCGAUGUCGCUCUGCAGCAUAACUUGGGACUCGGUGGUGCGGUCGUGGUCACGGUCUACAAAAGGGCUGAUGGACAGAAGAAUAAGGAGGUCAGUGAUGCCGAAGUCAGCAAGCUUAGUGGGUUGGGAUAUAAUCCGGCGACGAAGGCGAAGUUCGUGACGCCGGAACAGGCUGACAAGGUUCGGAGUAAGAGGACUGCUAACGAUUAUGCCUUGGGUGAUACGAGGGAGAAGUUGCAGGCGAGGUUGUAG